AGGCCCCUGAACACAACACAACGACCACAGAGAGUCCGUAUGUCUAGAAUAAAAAUUGGACUGAUUCCAAAUGCUGGGAUAAGACAAAAAGUGCUAAUUGUGCCACAUUCCAUGUCCGAGAGGGAGUUUUUGGAAAGAAUAAGAGAGGAAUUUCCAGAUGUGCGGCAUUGUGAGUUCACACUCUGCCGAAUCAAUAGACAAAGGCGCAUUAUACCUUUGAACCUAUCAACAAUUUGCCCUGCUACUUUAAAGUCCUGCCAAUAACUCAGGACCUCAAGGUCUGCAGUAUAUAUAAAACCAAGGGUUUCCGAGCAAGCUGAAAUUCAAGUUGUGGUCCAAGAUGUCAAUGUAAAUUUCUAAGUUGUCAAAUUUUAGAUACUAAACUCUGUCAUUGAUUUAUAUGUAAUUAUUUUAUGUAGGCCAUAUGAUGUUUUAGAACAUGUUUUUUUUCCAGAUUUUGGAGCAAGCCGAAAUUCAAGCUGUGGUCCAAGAUGUCAAUAUUUCGGAGCAAGCCGAAAUUCAAGUUGUGGUCCAAGAUGUCUGUUACGAAGUAGAAAGGACCCAAAAGCAGUGAUAGCAGUCAAUAUGAUUUAAUAGCUUGCCACAGGAAAGUCAAUAGGCAUAACAAAGGAGAAUAAACAGAGAAGUCUUCAGAUCUCAGAUUAUAACUGGAACGUAAAUAUCCUCCGUGGCUUUUGCAAAAAAACUCAAGGGCAGCGGGAUUCACUGGGUACCUGGAGAGAGCAAGAGGCGGCCAAUGCCAGCCAGCAACACCACACAGGUUUUGGAGCCAGCUGAAAAUCAAGUUGUGGUCCAAGAUAUCAAUAUUUUAGAGCCAGCUGGAAAUGCAGUUGAAGUCCAAGACACAACGAGGAAUGAUAGCCAAAGUGAUUUAAUGGUGUGGAGGGCCUUGAGGCAACAGCAAGACGCGGAAUACAACACCUCUUUAGAAAUUGAUAGAGCAAGAGACCUGGCUGCAUUUGCUGGUGUUGAUGACAUGGCAAGUCAGGUGUUUUCUGUGCAGUUACCAAUGUCACCAACUCAAUUGUAUAGUUAUCUCGGAGGUACCCUAAGAGAUUAUGGAAUAGAUGCCCCUUCCACUCUUUAUGUGUUGUGGUUAUCUUCUGAUCAGAUCAAGGGAAUUCUGAAAGAAACUAACAACUCUGUAUCUGUUUUGCCACCUGCCGUGUCUCCACCACCUGCCGUGUCUCCGCCACCUGCCGUGUCUCCACCACCCGCCAUAUCUCCCCCACCCGCCAUAUCUCCCCCACCCCUCGUCAUGUCUUCCACACAAUCCGCACUAUCCUCCCUACAGCCCAUCAUGUCUUCCACACAACCCGCAAUAUCGCCCCUGCGGCCCAUCAUGCCUUCCCCACAACCUGCAAUACCCCCCCACAGCCCACCUUGCCUCCCCCCACACACGCCACACCCCCCCACCACUCGCAAUGUCCUUGCCACAACCAGCAAUAUCCCGCCCAACGCCCUGACAUAUCCUCCCCACAUCCCCAUUUGGACAUUGCCCACACAGCAAAAGGACUCCGUGGCGGAGUCCAGGCUGGAUGUGGUGUUUGUGGAUGAGAGUGGAGUGGGCAAAGGGGCAGUUGAUGAGGGUGGGCCCACAAGAGAGUUUUGUCGACUCCUCAUGGGCCAGAUCCAGCAGCAUCAUAUUUUUGAAGGGCCUUUGGACUCGCGGGCUUUGGCUUUAGAUAAUGUUGCCUUGCACAAUGGGAUAUACAGACUUGCAGGCCAAAUGGUGGCUGUUUGUCUAAUUCAAGGAGGGGUUUCUCCGCACUUUUUUUCGGACCGGCUUUUUAGGCAGGUUUGUUGCCUUGUUCCUCUCGUGCCAUCCAUAAAAGAGGUGGCAGACAAAGAGCUACAGGCAAAAUUGCACAAGAUAGCAACUGCUGGUACAGUACAGGAGGCCCGAGAGGCAGUAAAACAAGAAUCAGAUGAGCUGUCCAUGAUGUGA